AUGGGAGCCGCCAUGAGUCACCUUCAAAGUAUAACUAGUAUCGCAGGCUUAACUAGCUUAGUAGUAUCUAUGUUUCCAGGGUUAAUUGCAAACAAUCCUAGUUUGUUUAGACCAUUGUUAAAUGUUAGUUGGGGAUAUUUAUUUGGAUCAACAAUAUGGCUAUGUUUUUUUUCUGAAGUUGGGUUAGUGAGAAGAAUAGGUGCGCCUAAAAAAAAAGACCUUCCCGAAAAUGCUGAACAAGCAAAAGAACAAUUAAAAGAAUUAAAAAGUACCGAAGGAGAUUUUAAUAGAAGAAAUAUUGACUUUAGAUAUUUUUUUAGUUUAUCUACAUUAUUUUCAAGUAUAUUAUUAUUAUCUACUGUUAAAUUGGCAAACCAUAAUAUGCAAUUAAGAAUAAGUUCAACUAUCGUAUCAUUAUCAUCCAUAUUAAACAACAUGUAUUUCCAAAAUAAAAUUCAUGCAUUAGCUUUAAAAAAAGAAAGUUUAUUUAAAGAUAUGGUUGAUAGACCAAAAGAUGCAAGCAUUUUAGUUGAUUUAAAAAAAAAUAAAACCGAUUUCCACAUACAUCAUGGAUUAUCUCUUUUACUUUUAUAUUCAUCAUUUUUCGGCUUAACCCCAUAUGUUUUUACAUAA